ACACUAUAAUAACAUCAUCUCUUUACCCCCCGGAAUUUUCAGUCAAAAUAUGCACUUAGAUCGUAUAUACCUUAGUGGGAAUAAAAUCACCUCUUUACCCCCCGGAAUUUUCAGUCAAAAUACACAUGUACAAUGGUUAUUGCUUAGUAGGAAUAAAAUCACCUCUUUACCCCCCGGAAUUUUCAGUCAAAAUACCAAUCUAGAAGUGUUAUACCUUAGUGGGAAUAAAAUCGCCUCUUUACCCCCCGGAAUUUUCAAUCAAAAUACCCGUCUAAAAGCGAUAUACCUUAACGGGAAUAAAAUCACCUCUUUACCCCCCGGAGUUUUCAGUCAAAUAACCAACUUACAAACGUUGGGUGUUCGGGAUGUUCCACUUUCACUAGAUUCAUCUUUGUGUGCAAUAAAGGAGGUACAAAGUCAAUUAAUGGUUUUUCAAGUCAAAGCGCCGGUUUUGUUUUACUUGAUUACAAACCUAACCGUAGGCAUUUGCAACAGUAGUUGCGAUAUAUUACCCCAGACACGUUGCGCUCCUGGUUAUAAGUGCACCGGUCUCGUGCGUAAUCAUCCUGGUAAUUUUACCUGCAUCGAAUUACUGAAGGCACCAUCCAAUCUCAAAGUGGAGUCAACAGAAGAUGAAACCAGAAAAUUGAAAAUAUCAUGGACAGCGGUGACAUAUACUCAUUAUCAUGUUUCCAAUUAUGUCAUUAUAUCCACAAUUGGCCACUCCAAUGCGACGUACUAUUCCACAAGCACUAUGUUCAAAGUCGAAAUACCAUUACUUGGCAUUCCAUCUACUUUCAAAGUGGCAGCAGUGUCUUCGGCUGGAACCGGACCCUAUGCACUUUAUGUGAAAGAAGAAGAUUCUAUCAAGAACAAGACUUUCCAAGUAGUGAAAACAUCCUCGCAGAACAUGAUUACAUGCACAAUAAUUCCAAUGACUGGCUACUAUACAAUCAGCAAAUACUGUGUUCACUUUACACGGCAAUCAGUGUCAAAUGUCAGCGAUGUGGUUAAAAAUACGACAACUGUAUGUAAAAAUGAAAGUACUAUUUCACUUCAAAAUCUGGAAGAAGAUUCUGACUUCAAGGUGGAAACAUUUGUUAAAACUCUGUCUGGUCAACAAUCCAACAAAUCAAUUCUCUCCAUUCGCACUAAAGCAGCAGCGCCAGGUGCUGUACCAAGGCUGAAUGUGACCAAUGUAAACUAUACUACAAUCACCCUAUCCUGGAGGGAACUUGCCUUGAAGGAACGCAAUGGUCCCAUAUUUGGAUACAUUGUGGAUAUUGAUGACAGGCUUGUGGUCAAUAGACUCAAUACCACAAACUUGACUGUUCAACUGACUGGCCUAAGUCCUAACACGCAAUAUCAAAUUGGAGUUGCAGCCAGGGGAUAUCAGUAUAAACUUGGACCAAUGACAUCUACCAAUGUCACGACAUUGGAUCAAGGCUCACCAACACUGAAUGUUACGUCAACAACUACUAACAUUACAGUAGAAAUACAGCCAAGUCUAGCAAAAUUGUGGAAACCUAAGCAAUUCUGCAUUACUAUAGAUGCAAUACCAGUGAUUGGACGCAAUUGGACUUUAACGUUCAACACAAGGCAUAUUUGUGGUGAUAAAGAUAUACAAACUUUCUCAGAUCUCGAGGAGUUCACCACGUACUUAGUUACUUCAUGGGUAAUUAACACGCUUGGAGUCAGUGGUGCGAAUACGAUCAUGAAUAUCUCAACUAAAACGAGCAUACCAAGUUCAGGUCCACAGUCUAUGAACGCCUCCAGCAGUGAUUCGGAGAUUGUCUUCACUUGGAAUCCACCAGCAGAAAUUCAUCAGAAUGGUAUUAUUACACACUAUAAGAUUGCAGUCACUUCUAGAGCGGAAAGCGAUAUCAAGGAGGAUAAUGUAGUUUUUGGUAAUGUCACAACCAGCAAGCUGAUUAAUCUUCAGCCGCACACCAAUUACACAAUCUCAGUAUCUGCAGCCACAUCAGAAGGGUUUGGUCCUGCUAAGUCAAUUUCCGUCGCAACACGUGAAGCGUCACCAACAGGAGGCCCUUCGAUAGAUUCCAUUAGAGCAACUGGUAGCUCUUCAAUCAUGAUCACAUGGGUGUCACUGACACAGGAAGUACUGAGAGGUGUUCUUCAAGGCUAUACUCUCCAAUAUAUUGAUACCACCAGCAGAUUAAAUGGAACGAUUGAGGUGGGCUCUAAAGCUAACUCAGCUAAUCUCACCCAGCUUCAGGCGUACACGAAGUACAAUAUAUCAGUCAGGGCUAAAACUGGCGCAGGAGCAGGUCCAUACGGAAAACCAGUGACUCAGAAAACCUAUGAAAAUGUUCCAGCAACUGGUCCUAGCAUACUGUCAGCCAUUGCCCUAUCCAGCUCAUCUAUCUAUAUUAACUGGUCAAUACUAACACAACAAGAACUGAAUGGUGUUCUAAAAGGUUAUCAGGUAAAAUACAUAGAUGCUGAUGGCCAGAAUAAAACUGUAGAAUGUUCGGCUGGGAUCAUAUCCACUACCCUAACUAUGCUUGCAGUGUACACCUCCUACACAAUUUCGGUUCGCGCUAAAACAAGUGUUGGAUAUGGUCCUUUUGGGAAAGUAUCAACAGUGCUGACAAAUGAGAAUGUGCCAUCAACUGGUCCUAGUAUACAGACCACAAUGGCUUUGUCUAGCUCAUCUAUCUAUGUCAGCUGGUCAACUCUAACACAAAAGGAACUGAAUGGUGUUCUACAAGGUUACAAGGUGCAAUACAUAGAUACUGCUGGUCAGACUAAAACUGUGGAUUUGAGCGCCUCUGUAACAUCCACCAUCCUAAGUAACCUGUAUUUCCUAACGGUCUACAACAUCUCUGUUAAAGCGAAAACUGGGGCUGGAUAUGGUUCCUAUGGAUCCUACGCAGCACAAAGAACUGGGGAGGGCGUUCCAUCAGUUGGUCCUCGUAUACAGUUCAUGAAGGCUUUGUCUAGCUCAUCUAUCUACCUCAAUUGGUCAACACUAUCACCACAAGAACUCAAUGGUCUUCUAAUAGGUUAUCAGGUGCAACUCACAGAUACUGCUGGGCAGAAUACCUUUGCUGAUGUGAACGCUUCAGUGACUUCCAUUACUUUCAGCUAUCUAUUUCCUCACUCAGUCUACCAAUUAUCAGUGAAAGGUAUAACCAGUCCAGGAUAUGGACCGAAUGGAGCUGUGGCCACACUACGAACAUUGCAAGAUGUGCCAUCAAAUGGUCCUAGUAUUGAGACUACAAUGGCUUUGUCUAGCUCAUCUAUCUAUGUCAACUGGUCAGUAGUAACACAACAAGAGCUCAAUGGUGUUCUACAAGGUUAUCAGGUGCUAUACAUAGAUACUGAUGGUCAGAACAAGUCGAUAGAAGUGAAUGCUACAGUUACCUCAGCCGUUCUGACUAACCUCACUGCAGACACAGUGUACGACGUCUCUGUGAAGGCUAGAACUGUACCUGGGUAUGGUCCAUUUGGAGGAACAGCACUACAAAAUACCAACGAAGCUGUGCCAGCAACUGGUCCUAGUAUACAGUCCGCCAUUGCUCUAUCCAGCUCAUCUAUCUAUGUUAACUGGUCAAUACUAACACAACCAGAACUCAAUGGUGCUCUACAAGGUUAUGAGGUGCAAUACAUAGAUUCUGCUGGUCAGAAUAAAACUGUGGAUUUGAACGACUCUGGAACAUUCACCAUUCUAAGUAAACUGUCCUUCUUCACGGAAUACAACAUUUCUGUGAAAGCUAAAACCAAUCCUGGUUUUGGCCCAUAUGGAGUUGGAGCAACAGUUACUACUAAAGAAGAUGUGCCAGCAACUGGUCCUAGCAUACUGUCAGCCAUUGCUCUAUCCAGCUCUUCUAUCUAUGUUAACUGGUCAAUACUCACAGAACAAGAACUCAAUGGUGUUCUACAAGGUUAUCAGGUGCUAUACAUAGAUACUGCUGGUCAGAACAAGUCGGUAGAAGUGAACGCUACAGUUACCUCAGCCGUUCUGACUAACCUCACUGCAUACACAGUAUACGACGUCUCUGUGAAGGCUAGAACUGGGCCUGGGUAUGGUCCACUUGGAGCAACAGCAUCACAAAGAAGUGAAGAAGAUGUACCAGCUGAAGUAACUGGUGUAGAUGUGAAGUUACAGUCCAGCACUGACAGUAUCACUGCUAAUGUGUCUUGGUCACCUCUCACCAAUAUUCAUGGCACAAUCACUGGCUAUAUAGUCUACUAUCAGCCAGUGAAUGGCUUAAACUCCAAACAGCUGAGAACAUCAGCCAAUGUCUCAACAACACUUCUACGGAACUUGGCUGAUAAACAAAACUAUGAAUUCAAAGUUCAUGGCUUAACCAGCGCUGGUGCUGGAGCCAACAGCACCCUCGUAACGCGAACUGGCUUGCCAAAGAUACCGGCUCAAGUAACUGGUGUAGAUGUGAAGUUGCAGUCCAGCACUGACAGUAUCACUGCUAAUGUGUCUUGGUCACCUCCCACCAAUAUUCAUGGCACAAUCACUGCCUACAUAGUCUACUAUCAGCCAGUGAAUGGCUUUCACUCCAAGCAGGUCAGAACACCAGCCAAUGUCUCAACAAUACUUCUAAGGAACCUGGCUGAUAAACAAAACUAUGAAUUCAUAGUUCAGGGCUUUACCAGCGCUGGUGCUGGAGCCAACAGCACUCUCACAACGCGAACUGGCUUGCCAAAGAAAACUGGCAAAGUAUCAAAUAUAACUGUGAAGUUUCCAAACAGUAGCAGUGCUCUAUUAUCAUGGACGGUAUCAUCAGUGCCUGAUCACUACACUGUGUAUGCUUACUAUCAGCCAAUGUCCAGCAGUGGUGAUGCUACUCUGGUUCAGGCUAUAAAGCAGACUGUGAACGGAUAUGCCACUAGCAUCACACUUAACGGUCUAAAUUCUAGUACAUUCUACGCCUUUGAUAUCAUUGCCACGAAUGUGUACCUGAACCAAGUCUUCACAGGUCAAUCAAUGGUUAACUUCAAGGAUAUUACAUUGUCGGCCACCUUUUUCAAGACCUCUGACGAUCAAGUACCGGAGAAGACUACACCUUUCAGCACUGUUGGUACAGUCGUGGGAGCGAUUAUUGGUGUAGUCCUGGUCAUUCUCCUGUGUCUAGCGGUCCUCUUGUACAAGCAGAAAAGGUCUGGCUCUCAUUCAAUCAUUUCAGGGCACAGAUUACUAAAACCUCUGGCCCGUGUUGGAUCUGUUGGCGCCAUGCAUAUGAGGAAAAUGUCCAAGAAUGUUAGCCUUGAAAGGAGAAGUACAGUGGCAUCCAUAAUGGAGUAUGGAACUGAUCCCGAACUUCACGACAAGCACGGCAGCCAUCGAGUGAUGGCAGCCCUGGGAAGCACUGCAGUGCUUCCAAAGCUUUACCACAAAUCUGAUGAUGUCCACAAUGAUUAUGAGGACGAAGAAGAUCAGAGUGGUAAAGUGGUAUGGAAGAAGAAUGAUACUCCAGUGGAGAAUCUGAAUGAUGCCCGUCUGGCUGUUCUCUCCAAUGGUGAUCUAAGCAUUGACAAUGCUGUGGUCCAGGAUUCUGGUACCUACUCUUGGAGUGAAGUGGACAAGACACAGUCGCAAGCUGAUGUGCACAGUAUCAUUUUGACUGUUGAGCCAAUGGUUCUACAAGGAUAUUUGACUAAUUUGAAUGAAGAACUAAAGGCCGACCGAACGUAUUAUGAGACAGUUCAAAAUGAUGCACUGCAUGGAUUGGAAGCUGCAAACAGUCCGGCGGCUUUAUCUGGUCAAGCCCCCACACAAACUGUUGCCGAUGCAACUAUAGAUAUAUAUGACUGUGUGGAUUUGGAACCCUCCUUUAAUCCUGAUGGGUCUAUUCCUAUCAAAUCUAAACCUGCAGGUCAGGUUCUGGUCCAGUCUGCCGCCGAUUCAACCAUGGACGUAUAUGAUUCUGUGGCUUCGGAACCUUCCGUUAGUCCUAAUGGUUCUAUGAGUGUCAAAUCUAAACCUGCAGGUCAAGCCCCAACACAAACUGUGGCCGAUGCAACUAUAGAUAUAUAUGACGGUGUGGCUUUGGAACCCUACGUUAGUCCCGAUGGGUCUAUUCCUAUCAUUUCUGAACCUGCAGGUCAGGUUCUGGUCCAGCCUGGCGCCGAUUCAACCAUGGAUGUAUAUGAUUCUGUGGAUUUGGAACCUUCCGUUAGUCCUCAUGGUUCUAUGAGUAUCCAAUCUAAACCUGCAGAUUCUGGGGAGAAGGAGACAACUCUGAUGUAUCAGGCUGCAGAUGGCAUAUACUCCAAUGCAGGUCCACUUACCUGUACAAACCAUUCUCAAGCAGCUCAAGGAGUAUUUCAAGCUGCUGGGUCAGCCGCAGCCACAUCAAAGAUCACUCUAGCGUCGACAGAUUUCCAGACUGACGGCAAUAGGAAGGAUGUAGAGGUUAUGUACAGUGUUGCCAACCCAAAAAUCAAUCGACAGGGGACUACGCAAGCUACAGGCAAGGGACUACUACCAGUGGGUUCAAGAAUCUCUCCUUAGAGACCUGACAAGCAUCGAACGGUGCUUAGAAGAUGGCCUGCGAACCCCUCUCACAUACAAGCUGCGACCAGAGCAUUGCUAGUAUGUGAAUACAUUGUUCUUCGCGUGUUUUGAUUGCUUACGUUGAUCUAGUUCCAUUGCUUUCAUGUAUUCCUUUCCUCUUCAGUCUUCAUGCAUUAAAUGUGACCUUCGAUUCUCCUUCGAGCAAUACAUAUUAUUACUUGAUAUUAUGAUUUACAUGUUUCUGAUAAUCUGUGUGAAGUGCCUUUGUGUAUGGACUUGCAUCUUUUCCGUCUUGAUUUGCCGCUACAAUUUUCGAUUCAGAUAGUUCAGCGGCGCAUUAUUUUCCUUGAAGGAAUUUGAAAAGUGUGCCUUUGCUUUUAGAUUGUUCAUUAGUGUAGUUCUAAAUGUGUGAAAAGGGAUAUGAUUCUUUUUUGGUUUACGUCAGGUGUUUAUGCACAUCAACAUCAAGUUUGUUUGCCAGUCUAGACAGAGUUAUGUAUUCUGGUCUCGUCGGAAUGCUUCGAAGUAGUAGAGUUGUCGUUUUCCUCUUGUUUACGUGCAAUUAUUGUAAUUGAUGAGAUUUACUAUUUAGGAUACUUAAUACGUCGUUAUCUUUUCAUGCUGCUGUCACUGGAGGUUUUCUUCCAAAACCAGUCAAUUUCGGAACUAGGCGAUUGAAUCAUUAUAAACU